GCAACUUUCUCUGGGCUGCCAGUCUGGGAAGCCUGUUCCCAGCCCACAGCCAGUUUCAGCCUUUCUGCCCCCGGCCAGCGGUGCUGGGUGGGGCCCUGCCUUUGGGGCGGCCCCUCUGCGCAGCGGCCACACUGGGCUGCCCCGCGGUUCCCGCGCAGCCCCCGCCGCACCUGAGCCCCCGCUCUGGCCGGAAGCGCGCGCCGGCAGAGAGCCACCGCCCCCGGAGCCGCAGACCCGCACCCACUGGGGGGCGCGGAGCUACAAAGGGGUGACCACGUGCCGCCCCAAGCCCUCAGCGCCAAAGACCCUCGGGAUCUUCCCUCCCCGCCGACCCACGGAGCGCUCCCUGCCGGCCCUCGGCUCUCAGGUGCAGGUCAGACUUCCUCGUCCUAACUUUCCUUAAACUUCUCAGCCAGGAGGACUUUGGUGCCCCUUCUGCCGCCGUCCUUGCCGGGGCACCGACCUUCCACCUUGCGCCGCCUGCCGCGCCAGCCAGGCCGCUGCGGAGCAGCCGGGGGAACGGCGGAAGGCGCGAGAAGGUGCGUCUGGCCGCCUCCUGGGCCCCGCGCCCUCUGGGCGCAGGCGGAGCCGCGGAACACUGUGCAGUGUGGUCCUUCGAAAAAGCUUGGCGCAGUAAUGCCAGAAUGAUGUUUCACUCUGGUCGAAUGUGGAGCUGUCAUUGGAAAUGGAAGUCAAAUUUUCUUUUAUUCUUAUUUGCUUUACAUAUUGUGUAUGUUCCUCAUUCAGUGUGGGGAUGUGCCAACUGCAGGCUUGUCCUUUCCAAUCCUUCUGGGACUUUCACUUCUCCAUGCUACCCUAAUGACUACCCUAACAGCCAGGCUUGCAUGUGGACCCUCCAAGCCCCCACGGGCUAUAUCAUUCAGAUAACAUUUAAUGACUUUGACAUAGAAGAAGCACCCAAUUGCAUUUAUGAUUCAUUAUCCCUUGAUAAUGGAGAGAGCCAGACAAAAUUUUGUGGAGCAACUGCCAAAGGCCUAUCAUUUAACUCAAGUGCGAAUGAGAUGCAUGUGUCCUUUUCAAGUGACUUUAGCAUCCCGAAGAAAGGUUUCAAUGCCAGCUACAUCAGAGUUGCUGUGUCCUUAAGGAAUCAGAAAGUCAUUUUACCCCAAACUCUAGAUGCUUACCAGGUAUCUGCUGCAAAAAGUAUCUCUAUUCCAGAGCUCAGUGCUUUUACACUCUGCUUUGAAGCAACCAAAGUUGACAAGGAAGACAGUGAAUGGAUAGCUUUCUCCUACUCAGAUACAUCCUUUACACAACUGCUCAGUUUUGGAAAGGACAAGAAUGGCCACUUUCUAUCCAUUUCUGGCUCAAAAUGCUCAUUUAACAGUGUGUUAUCUGUAAAGGAUAAAGAAGACAUUUUCACAGAAAGUUUUGAGCAACUCUGCAUGGUCUGGAAUAAUUCUUUGGGCUCUGUUGGUGUAAAUUUCAAAAGGAACUAUGAAGAAUUUCCAUGUGAUUCUACCAUUAGUACAGUUAUUCCUGGGAAUGGGAAAUUGUUGUUGGGCUCUAAUCAAAAUGAAAUUGCCUCUCUAAAAGGGGACAUUUAUAACUUUCGACUUUGGAAUUUUACCAUGAAUUCUAAAAUCCUCUCCAACCUCAGCUGUAAUGUGAAAGGGAAUGUGGUCGACUGGCAAAAUGAAUUUUGGAGUAUCCCAACACUAGCUCUGAAAGCUGAAAGCAACCUUAGCUGUGGUUCCUACCUGAUCCCACUCCCAGCAGCGGAACUUGCCAGCUGUGCAGACUUGGGGACCCUCUGCAAAGCUAGUGUGAAAUCUCCUAGUACUACAUCACCCAUUGUCACCACUAACAUGCCUGUUACUAACAGAACUGAUAAACAAAGCAAUGAUGGAAUUAUCUAUAGAAUUUCCUUAGUGAUACAAAAUACUCUUCGUCAUCCUGAGGUAAAAGUACAGAGAAAGGUGGCAGAAUGGCUCAAUUCAACUUUCCAAAAUUGGAACUACAGUGUUUAUGUGGUUAAUAUCAGUUUUCACCAGGACUCAGGAGACGACAAGAUUAAAGUCAAGAGAAGCAUAGUGAAUGAUGAAAGGUUGAUGAUUUGGGCUCUUCUAGUUUAUAAUGCCACCAACAAUCAGAGUUUAGAGGGAAGGACUAUUGAGCAGAAACUGUUAAAAAAUAAUGAUUCCCUAGAUGAAGGCUUAAGGCUUUAUACUGUGAAUGUGAGACAAAAUGGUGUAUGUCCUGAAGAGGAGAUUCCCAAAGGCUAUUACUGGCCAUCCAUUCCACCAUCUGUAUACCAACAUGCAUGUCUAGAUAAAAAGGGAUUUUUUGCUUCACGAACAUGUAUCCAAGAUCUUGUCAACUCAUCUUUAGUUUACUGGGGGCCUCCUGAUACCUUCAAUUGUUCAAAAGAAGCAAAUAAGGUUGCGAAUGAGAUUUUAAAUUUAACCAGUGAUGGACAGACCUUAAACUCAGCCAAUAUUAGCAGCAUCGUAGAACAGGUCAAAAAAAUUGUGAAUGAUGAAGAAAACAUUGAUUUGACACUUGGCUCAACUUUAAUGAAUAUUUUUUCUAAUAUUUUAACCAGUCAAGAGAGUGACUUGCUUGAGUCUUCUUUUGAAGCUUUGAAAACAAUUGAUGAAUUAGCCUUCAAGAUAGACUUAAAUAGUACAUCACAUGUCAAUAUUACAACUCGAAAUUUGGCUCUUGGAGUAUCAUCCCUGAACCCAGGGACAAAUGAGAUUUCAAAUUUUAGCAUCAGUCUUCCAAGCAAUAAUGAAUCAUAUUACCAGAUGGAUUUUGGAAAUGUUCAAAUGGAUCCACUGGCUUCUGUAAUUUUACCUCCAAGCUUACUUGACAACUUAAGUGAAGAAGAGUCUGCAUUGAUAAAAAGAGCACAGUUUACCUUCUUCAGUAAAACUGGACUUUUCCAAGAUGUAGAAGCUAAGGAAGUGGUCACCUUAGUGAGUUAUGUGAUGGCAUGCAGUAUUGGAAACAUUACCAUCCAGAAUCUAAUGCACCCUGUUCAAAUUAAAAUAAAACACACAGGAACUCAGGAUCUGCAAGGAAGUGCCUCAAAAAUAGAUGCAAAAAACACUAAAGUACUCACCUUCAUCAGUUACAUUGGAUGUGGAAUAUCUGCUGUUUUUUCAGCAGCAACUCUUCUGACAUACAUUGCUUUUGAAAAAUUGAGAAGGGACUACCCCUCCAAAAUCUUGAUGAACCUGAGUACAGCCCUUCUCUUCCUCAAUCUCACCUUUCUCUUGGAUGGCUGGAUCACCUCAUUUCAUGUGGAUGGACUUUGCAUUGCAGUUGCAGUUGUGCUACACUUCUUUCUUCUAGCAACUUUUACCUGGAUGGGGCUGGAAGCCAUUCACAUGUACAUUGCUCUGGUUAAAGUAUUUAAUACUUACAUUCGUAGAUAUAUACUUAAAUUCUGCAUCAUCGGCUGGGGUUUGCCUGCCUUAGUUGUGUCAAUUGUUCUAGCAAGCAGAAAGAAAAAUGUAGUCUAUGGGAAGAAAAGUUAUGGAAAAGAACUGGAUAAUGAAUUUUGUUGGAUACAGGAUCCCGUCAUAUUUUAUGUGACCUGUGCUGGAUAUUUUGGAGUCAUGUUUUUCCUGAAUAUCGCCAUGUUCAUUGUGGUAAUGGUGCAGAUCUGUGGGAGGAAUGGCAAGAGGAGCAAUAGGACACUGAAAGAAGAAGUCUUAAGGAAUUUGCGUAGUGUGGUUAGCCUGACAUUUCUGUUGGGCAUGACAUGGGGAUUUGCUUUUUUUGCUUGGAGCUCCUUACAAAUCCCUUUCUUAUACCUUUUUGCCAUCUUUAAUUCAUUACAAGGUUUGUUCAUAUUUGUUUUUCACUGUGCAAUGAAGGAGAAUGUUCAGAAACAGUGGAGACGGCAUCUCUGUUGUGGUAGAUUUCGUUUAGCUGAUAACUCAGACUGGAGUAAAACUGCUACCAAUAUCAUCAAGAAAAGUUCUGAUAAUUUAGGAAAGUCUUUGUCUUCAAGUUCCAUUGGUUCCAAUUCAACUUACCUUACGUCCAAAUCUAAAUCCAGUUCGACCACCUACUUCAAAAGGAAUAGCCACACUGACAGCGCAUUGAUGGACAAGUCCUCUUCAAAACUCGCCCAUGUUGAUGGAGAACAAACAUCAAUCAUCCAUGUUCAUCAGGUCAUUGAUAAGGUCAAAGGUUAUUGCAAUGCUCAUUCUGACAGUUUCUAUAAAAAUAUAAUCUUGUCAGAUACCUUCAGCCAUAGCACAAAGUUUUAAUACCUUCAGUAUAUGAAAGAGGAAUUAGAAAUUUUUGAGGAUCUACAAGCAAUGAAAACUAUGCAUAGCAGAUAUAAAUGUGUCUUCCUUCUUCUUCUAGCGUUUGCCAUGUGUCUUCCUUAUGUAAUUGCAUGCAUUCCUUAAGGUGGGUUUGUAAAAUUAAGAGUCUGUCUCAUCGAUAUUUCUUCUAUGGGGGGGAGGGAGUUUUCUACCAUCACUCAAGCAAGUGCUGAGAGCAGCAAAACUCAGUAGGUACAGGAGAUAAUUUUUUUAAAUGAUAUAAUUGCACCAGAUUUAACAGAAUUAAAGUAGAUAGAUUAAAAUCAAUAGACAUAGAAGAAGCAAAGCUAAGAAUAAAACACAGAACUCAUCCUUCCCAGAUCUAAUAGGCUUGAAUGUGACCAUUUGCUACAUCUUUUUGAAUAAUUCAAAGCUCACUACUAUUUAUAAUUAUUUUGCAUUCCUAAAAGUCUUAUGCCAGUACUAGUUCCUAUGAAUGUAGUAGCAAUUCUGCUUUUUCAGUGAAAUUUAGUUACAAAAGAGUGUUUAAUGUUGGGAGUCGGCGUAGCACAGCAGGUUAUGCGCAUGUGGUGCAAAGUGCAAGGACCAGCAUAAGGAUCUAGGUUCCAGCCCGUGAUUCCCCACCUGCAGGGGAGUCGAUUCACAGGCAGUAAAGCAGGUCUACAGAUGUCGAUAUCUUUCUCUCCCCCUCUCUGUCCUCCCUUCCUUUCUCCAUUUCUCUCUGUGCUAUCCAACAAUAAAACAACAAGGGCAACAAAAGGGAAAAUAAAUAAUAAAAAAAAAGAAUUUAAGUGUUUAAUGUCUGACACAAGAAUUAAAAGGUGUUUUUUUAUGAAGAUCUUAUUUAUUUAUGAGAAAGAUAGGAGGAGAGAGAAAGAACCAGACAUCAGUCUGGCACAUGUGCUGCCGGGGAUCAAACUGGGGACCUCAUGCUUGAGAGUACAAAGCUUUAUCACUGUGCCACCUCCUGGACCACAAAAGGUAUUUUUCUUAUAUACCAAGCAUUAAACCCUCAAGAAUAUAACAUGCUUAAGAAGAAACUCCUGGACUUCAAGAGGUGGCACACCUGUUAGAGUAGCAUGCAAAAAGAUUCUAGUUUAAGCCCUUAGCCCCUAUCUGUAGAGGCAAAACUUCUUGAAAGGUAGAACAGUGCUGCAAGUGGUUCUGUCUCUUUUCCUCUUUAUUUCUCUUUCAGCUUCUAUCAAAGGGGAAAAAAAGUCCUUGACAGUGUUGAAGUUACCUGUCCUGAAGCACCAAGCCCCAGCAAUAAUUCUGGUGACCAACAAAAAAAGGGGGUACUCCCAAGAUUUUGACAUGGUUCAUACGAAGUGUGUACAGUUACAUUGUUUCAUUUAAAAUAUUCAAGACACAAGAGUUAAUAAGCAUAAGCAUUAGAGAUAAUUGAACUCCAUACUUUGGAUCAGGUUUAGUAUUAUGAUUCCAUUAAUUGCAGACCUCUCAGUAAUUAUUUAAAAAUCUCUUAAAUCAUUUAAUGAAUAUCUUGCAUCUCUGCUUUCAUUUUGCUGCUCUAUAUUGAACCUCACAGGAGGAAUACAAAUCCCCAUUAGGUAUGCUGUGUACAGUGGUCUCUCCAUUUUAGGAGAUGAAUUCAAUGAGACUAUGGGCCUGCCCAUGCUGUAGUUUCACUCUUUUCCAGUUGCAUAAGUGCAAAGGCUCUUACUUCCCCUUUCAAGAAUUUUUUUUUCAAGGAGACAUAUUGAUAACAUAUCAUAAGCAAAAUAAUUUAUAUACAUGUGGAUCUACAAUUCCUAGUCUGUAGACUUUUUGUACAUAUGUCCUUUAAUUAUAAGGACCACAAGAUAAUUUGAUAUUUUUUGAUUAUGGAUUAGAUUUCUCCAUAAAAGCUAUGCAUUAUAUCAAGUAGUUUAUCAAAUUUUCAAACUAUCUUAAUUCAUAUGUUUGCUAGAGCAUGAGCAGGAGACUACAUUUCAAUUGUUCUUAAAUGAUAAAGUCAUAUUCAGCUUCUAAGAAAUUACUCUCAGUUUAUGCUGUACCUUAUAAUUUGCUCUGGAUCAUUAAGAAUCAAGUUCUAGAGGGUAGCUGCACGAGUAAUGAACAAAGGAGAUGUUCUGGCAGAGCCAUUUUGUUUAAAGGUAGAAGCCAGAGCUAAACCCCCUUGGAGGCUUUUUCUUCUGAGCAGGAAGCAAGUAGUUUCUGGUUGAGGAGAGUUUUCAGACUUUGCAGCAACCAAGAAAUCACUCACAUUUUGGCUAUCUUUAAUCAUUAAGCUAUAUGCCAAGCAUAAAUACAUUAUACAGUAAAGCUUUGGUGGGUGUUCCCAUUUUGUUUUUCAGCAGCCUGGAACUCUGUCUUGUAGAUACAAGCAUUGCUCAACUUAGCUUUUACAAGGGAGGAUAUGUAGAGUAGAAUAGCAAAUCUUAAGGUCACUAAGAUUCACUAAAAGUAGAGUCAAAUCUCAUCCUGUAGCCAUAUAUUAACAAGCUACUUAUUUAACAGAGGUUGCAUAUAGAUGAAGAUUAAUCUUUAAAAGUCACUGAAUCAUCAUAGACUUUCCUCCAAACCUAGAGACUCAUUAUAAAACUUACUGAUCUCAUCUACUGUGAUAUUUCUGUCAACUGUGCCUGGUUAGUUAAUAGUAAUUAAAAUAAAGCUUCAAAAAUUAGCAUUCAUUUCUACUCAUCCUGACCUAGGAACACAUUUCUUUUCAUAUUUGAUUUUUUAAAAAGUCAGAUUCAUUUAGGAAAUUUUUAAUAGCUAGAUAAGGAAAAAAUGAAGAAAUAAUCUGACUAGAAAUUUGUGCAAAGGGAUUUAAAAGACUAAGCCAAAUUCUGCUCUCAGUUCUAAGCACAGUUUUCACUUUCAUUUAGUGCCUCUGUACAAAGUUACAGAGACUUAGCUAUGAAACCAAAGUUAGUGUAACCUAACUUUCAGAAUAAUCUCUCAUUUUUCAUGUCUUUCCUCUUUUUCAAAUGCAUUAUUUGUCUUAGUCGAGGAUCUUAAGAUAGUUUUCAUUCCUGUCACCAUGAUUUGCUUUGUAAAGCCCUCUUUGUCCAUUGCUGGCAUAGAUUCUUUUGUACAUAUUUAUUUAUUUAUCAGUGUUGACCUGUUUCAUCUCCUGCUUUGCCUGAAUGUUAUUUUUAUUAACUUUCUGUUGGAGAAGCUGUAUAUAUUCUUCCCAAAUGUUUUGUGAAAUCAUUUUCUAUAGUAUUUCUUUGAAUAUUAUAAAUAAAAGUGACUGUGAGUGCAGAUUAUAAUUAGUAGUAAGAAGCUAUAAUAAUUGAUGGAUCUUUUUACUUAAAUGGAAAAUGUUUUUCAAUAAAUUCUAAUGUUGUUUGUGUUCUCAGUUAUUCAGUUC